UUUUUCAUUUUUUAAAUUUUUUAGAAUUCAAGAAAAUAUUUUUAUGGCACAUUCAGAAGCCAUUCCCUCACAAACUGGAGGACUCGAAGGGUCAUGUAUGGAGCCGGGAUGCUUUGCAGGGAAAUCUAUGGCUGUUUUUACAAGUGGUGGUGAUUCUUCAGGCAUGAACAGUGCUGUUCGAUCUGUUGUUAGAACGGGGCUCUAUUUUGGAUGUCGUGUCUUCUUCAUUAAAGAAGGAUAUGAUGGAAUGGUUAAAGGCGGUGAUAAUAUUCUUGAAGCCAAUUGGAAUUCCGUGUCUGACAUAAUCCAAUGGGGUGGCACAAUUAUUGGUUCUGCUCGUUGCAAAGAGUUUAGAGAACGUCCUGGACGAAGAAUUUCUUGCAAGAAUCUGAUAGCUAAAGGUAUUACUCAUUUGGUCUGUAUUGGCGGUGAUGGAUCUCUGACAGGAGCCAAUACUUUUCGUCAGGAAUGGCCAUCACUGGUUAAAGAGCUUUUGGAUGCGAAAGAAAUAACUGAAGAACAAGCAAAGAAUUGUGCUAAUAUUCAGAUUGUUGGUUUGGUUGGUUCUAUUGACAAUGACUUUUGUGGUACAGACAUGACUAUUGGAACGGAUACUGCUCUUCAACGAAUUGUUGAGGCCAUUGACUCUGUCGUCUCAACUGCUCAAAGUCAUCAACGUGCUUUUGUUAUUGAAGUUAUGGGACGCCAUUGUGGCUAUUUGGCAUUGGUUGCUUCUUUGGCAAGUGAAGCUGAUUUUUGCUUUAUUCCUGAAUGGCCACAGCCUGUUAAUUGGGAAGAGGUUCUUUGCAAAAAAUUGGAAAAUUCGCGUGAACUGAAUCAACGUUUAAACAUUAUGAUUGUUGCUGAGGGAGCUAUAGAUCGUGAAGGAACACCGAUAUCUAGUGAAAAAGUCUGUAAUUCGGUUAAAACUCGUCUCGGUUAUGACACUCGCAUAACUGUUCUUGGACAUGUACAGCGAGGUGGAAGUCCGUCGACCUUCGAUCGUCUUCUUGGAUGUCGGAUGGGCGCAGAAGCAACUUUGGCAUUAAUGCAAAUGACGCCAGAAUCGGAACCUUCGGUAAUUUCUACUGAUAGCAAUCAAAUGGUUCGUGUUCCUCUAAUGGAAUGUGUUCGUCGUACUCAAGAUGUUUCUAUGGAUGCUAAAAACUUUGAAAAAGCUGUUCACCUUCGCGGACAAAGUUUCCAACGUAAUUUGAAUACUUAUCGUUUGCUCACAAAAUUGCAUACACCAAAAGAGAAAGAUAAUUUGUCUGGAGGAGUUAGUUAUAAUGUUGCGGUUAUGAAUGUUGGUGCUCCCGCUGGAGGAAUGAAUGCUGCAGUCCGUGCUUUUGUUCGGAUGGCUCUCUAUCAUCGCUGUAAAGUUUUUGGAAUCAAUAAUGCAUUUGAAGGUUUGGCAGAGGGUAAAAUAGAAGAGCUUGAUUGGGAGGCAGUUGCUGGUUGGGGUCGAGUAGGUGGAUCUAAACUCGGAACACAAAAACAGUUACCAACAAAAUAUAUGGAUCAAAUUGCUGUUCAGUUAAAGAAAUAUCAAAUUCAAGCGCUGUUGAUUGUUGGCGGAUUUGAGGCUUUUCAUUCUGCUUUGAUUCUGUCCCGUAACAAGGAACAAUAUCCAGAAUUUGCUAUUCCGAUUUGUGUUGUUCCUUGUACAAUAAGUAACAACGUUCCUGGUACUUCUCUUUCUCUAGGGUCUGAUACAGCACUUAAUGAGAUCUGCCGUCUUGUUGAUAAUAUUAAACAAUCGGCAAAUGGAACUAAACGACGAGUUUUUAUCAUCGAAACAAUGGGUGGUCAUUGUGGUUAUUUGGCAACAUUUGCAGCUUUAGCUACGGGGGCUGAUAAUGCUUAUAUUUUUGAAGAACGUUUUACUGCUGACGAUAUAAAGGAAGACGUAAAAGUAAUUGCAGAAAAGAUGAAGACGGGUGUACAGCGUUACUUGAUUGUUCAAAGUGAAGGUGCUAGUGCAAACUACAAUACCGACUUUGUGGACAGACUCUUUAGAGAGGAAGGAAAAGGAGAGUUCUCAACGCGUGUUAAUAUUCUCGGGGGUAGGCCAACUCCUUUUGAUCGUAACUUGGGUGCUAAAUUUGGAAUUCGUGCGUUGGAGCAUUUGUUGGAGCUGCUCAAUCUUAAAAGAAAGGGAGAUACUAAAACAGAUUGUUGCGGAUUGUUAGGACUUGUUGAUCGUGCUUUACUCUUUACACCUGUAGAAGAGUUGGCAUCAAAUACUGACUUUGAUAAUCGACUUCCAAAGCAUCAAUGGUGGCUUAAGGUUCGACCACUCCUUCGCAUUCUCGCAAAACAUCAAGCAUCGUAUGAACAGACAGCGAAAGACUUAGAGCUUGAAGAAUCUGAUAGUGAUGAGAAAGAAGAAUAG